AUCACUAAUCUACAUUUGAUCAUUCACAGAGAGAGACAGAGACAUGUGUUCACUAGAGAAACGUGGUCGACUUUUCAUACUAAAACUCACCGGCGACGGCGAACACCGUCUCAACCCAACCUUACUCGACUCUCUCCGCUCCACCAUCAACCAAAUCCGAUCAGAUCAAUCAUCAUCACAAUCAGUACUCAUCACAACAUCAGAUGGUAAGUUCUUCUCCAAUGGCUACGAUCUCGCUUUAGCCGAAACAAAUCCAUCUCUCUCUGUUCUCAUGGACUCAAAACUCAGAUCCUUAGUCGCCGAUCUCAUCUCUCUUCCUAUGCCAACCAUCGCCGCCGUCACUGGUCACGCCUCCGCCGCGGGAUGCAUUUUAGCGAUGAGUCAUGAUUAUGUAUUGAUGCGUCGUGAUAGAGGUUUUUUGUAUAUGAGUGAAUUGGAUAUUGAGUUAAAAGUUCCGGCGUGGUUUAUGGCUUUGAUUAGGGUUAAGAUUGGUUCUCCGGCGGCGAGGAGGGAUGUUAUGUUGACGGCGGCGAAAGUGACGGCGGAGAUGGGUGUAGAGAUGGGGAUUGUUGAUUCGGCUUAUGAUAGUGCGGUGGAGACGGUUGAAGCCGCCGUUAGAUUGGGAGAGGAGAUUAUUAGGCGUGGUGGUGAUGGGCACGUGUACGGUAAGAUGAGAGAGACUCUUUUAAGAGAGGUUCUUGUCCAUACUAUUGGUGAAGAUGAGAGUGGUUCAAGUGUGGUGCGUAACACUAGAUCUAAACUUUAGGACAUGUUUGUGCUUUUAAGACUUUUUGUACGAGAUUGACUUUUUCAACUUGUAAUAAUAAUAAGGGUUGUUAGCAAUAAAAUCCCUCAACUAAA